AUGUGGCCGCUACUGGUUCCAGUUUUCCUGCUGGUCAACGAGUCCAGCUGGAUGAAUUUCAUCCUGGGCAGCAUCUACAAGGAUAAUCCCUACGAAACGGUUCUGCUACUGAAACACAGCCAGCAGAACGAUGCUUACGGAUUGGAGAGGUUUCCCUAUCCGGUUUUAAAGUUCGACGAAACGAUGAACUUCCGUGUGAAAGGCAGUUUCAACAGCGAAAUGCUCGUUCUCAUCUGGCAGUCUGGAAACUCAACUUUGGACGCUGAUUUGUGGCAGGCACUUGACCGUUCAUUUCUGAAUAUGAGACAAGUAAGGGUAAUACUCUUCAGGAAAUGGGAGAAAAGCCCAACUAUCGAAAUUGCCAAUACAGCACAGCAUCUGCGUUUCCUUAAUGUGGCUGUAAUUGGAAAGCGAAAAAGGAUAUAUCGACUACAACCAUACGCUCCUCAAAAGUGGUUGGAAAUAAACCCCGAACGAUCACCAAUCUUUACCAAAGUAAGAAACUUCUAUGGCAGAUAUAUACUUACUCUACCGGAUCAGUUUCCACCCCGUUCAAUUGUAUAUCGCAAUCCGAAAACGAGAAAUCUGCAAAUGUCGGGUUACGUGUACAAGUUUCUUCUGCAUUUCACUCAGAAGUUCAACUUUACUUUUCGCUGGCAGAGACCCAUUAAACCAGGUGAGCAUAUAAGUCUGAUUGAGCUUCGGAAUAUGACAAUGAAUGGUACGAUUAAUAUGCCCAUAAGUCUCUGUGGCUUUGAGCUUUCCACUGAGUUCGGGGUUUUCUCGAAUGUUUUCGAUUUGGAGGACUGGGUCGUUAUUGUUCCGCGAGCCCUGGAAAUUCCCACCGCCGAUGUUUAUGUGGUCAUGGUUAGUGGUCAGUUUCUGAUUGUCCUAUUUAUAUUCUAUGGCAUUUUCACCAUCCUGGACACUUGUUUUGGACCUUUAUUGCUGCAAAAACGUGUGGAUUGGUCGAAUUUGGUUUUGAACGAGCGAAUGAUUUCGGGAAUAAUGGGACAAUCCUGCAAAAUGAGCGCCAAAAAUACGAUUAGUUCGAGGGUGACCAAUGCCACUCUGUUUCUACUUGGGAUGGUUUUGAGUACUCUAUAUGCAGCUCAUUUAAAGACCCUGCUGACCAAGAGACCCACAUCCCAGCAGAUCACAAACUUUCAGCAACUCAGGGAUUCCUCAGUUAAUAUAUAUUUCGAUAAGGCCGAACAGUUUUAUCUAUUCAACGCUAUGCAAGAGCGACCAAUACAUGUCGUAAUGGAUAAGUUACAGUUUGAGGCCACCAAGGAAUUUAACGAGUUGAGGAGUCGCCUAAAUCGAUCGAAUGCCUUUUCGGCACUGACAUCUGAAUGGCUUAUUACGGCCAAGACACAGGAGCUCUUCAAACAACCAGUUUACACUAUUCAACCGGAGCUGCAGAUCGUCAGGAUGAAUGUGAUGCUAUCCUUCGUUAUGCAAUCCAACUCGAUCUACGAACACGAAUUAAAUAGCCUGAUUGGUCAGGUUCAAUCAGCUGGAAUUGUGCAGUUCUGGAAGCAGCAAACCCUGCGGGAAAUGAUCACCAUGGGCAUGAUUUCCCAAAAGGAUCCCUUUCAGUAUAUUCCCUUUCGGGAGUUCAAGGUGGGCGACCUGCUGUGGAUUUGGAUCUUGCUGGCCAGCUGCUUGGUCCUGGCCUUCUUCACAUUCCUUUGCGAGCUCUUGGUUAAUUGCUUCAUUAAGACACCCAAAUUGAGGCCCGAAAACCCCCGCCUUUAG